AUGACGAUUAGGCGACGUGUGCUUAGCCUUAUGCUCACCGCCACGGUCCUCUUCACCGACGUCCAUACGCACAACUGUAGUGAUAUCUGUUUAGACGAGAUGGCAAAGCUCCGACUUGAAGAAAUAAAGAUGCGUUUGCUGAAUUCGAUGGGCAUGCAGGAGCCUCCGAACGUUGACUCCAUUGAACUUCCGAGAUCUACUAUCGAGGAAAUGAUUGAAGGUCUGGGAGAAAUGAACGAGAAAGUCGAACAAGAUUCUCAAGAAAAAACUUUUAUCAUGGCCGUUGAUCCAUCAGAAGGCUUCGAUCCCGAUAUGUUGGUUGCACGGUUUCCGGUCUCACUCACUACGAUGGUACGAAAAGUUGCCGAGGCCUACUUGCACGUGUAUCUACACAUCGACGAACCUCUGCCUGAACCACAGGUUGUGAAGGUUGUGGUCAGGGAGCGACUGCUUAAUGGGGACGUUGGUGAUGUCAUCGCUACACACCCCGUUGAAGUACAACGCAGUGGUAAAGCUGUUUUGCCACUGAAAUCCUCUGACGUAGAAAGAUGGUGGAGAUCGGAGCCGAUCCUGGGACUUUACGUGGAGGCAAUGCUGAAUGGUGAAAAUAUCGCUGUUCAUCCACAACAGGAUCGUCACGCUCGCCAUGCAAUGUUCAUGUCGGUUACGCUGGCAUCGGAAGCGAAGUCUCGAGGGAAGCGAAGUCCAUCUGUUUGCAUGCCAGAGGACAAGGAACUAGGCUGCUGUCUCUAUGAUCUUAUCGUUGAUUUUCAACAGAUUGGCUGGAAAUUCAUCAUCGCACCUCACAAGUACAACGCCUAUAUGUGUAGAGGCGAUUGUACGGUAAAUCAUACACAUGUGAGUCGAUCAGGGCACACAAAGGUGGCUAAGACGGGAGUUAUCACAAGGCAAGAUGCCACUGGUAACCAAGGAAUGUGCUGUCACCCCGCUGAAUACGAUGCGGUACGUAUGAUUUACAUGAACGGUGACAACCAGGUUACGAUGGCUCGUGUCCCUGGUAUGAUAGCCCGUAAAUGUACGUGCUCCUGA